CUCAAACAUCGUCAUAACUCAAUAUGGCGACUGAUAAGAACGAUUUAAUCGAAAUUUUAGUAGCAGAUUCGGCCGCUUUUUUGAAGAAUGUUUCUCUUCAGAACAUGGCAAAGAAUAUAUAUACAAUCAACGAAGUAGUCGGCGAAAUAAAAAGUGCCGCAGUGCGUCAGAGGUUAGCUGUAUUACCGUAUGAAAUUAUUUUCCGUGUGCCUUCUGGUGAAUCAUUGCACGUGGGUAAGAAUAAAUAAUUUAAUUUAUAUUUUAUAGUGUUGUUGUUGUAUAACUUCAAUCUUUGUUGCUUUGGUGUGUCGCAAUUAAUCGCUUGAGAAUUAAGAGAGAGACAAUUUGUGUAUGAGAGGUUUAAUUCCGAGUUCGUGUUAUUGACUUUCAUCUUCAUAUUUGGCAGAAAAAGAUUUUAAAUCUUCAAUUUUUUACAGUCAAUUUCACAUAACUUUGGAGCGAUUCUAGAAUACCCGCCACUAACAUUACCAGUAACCUGACCACUACCCUAACUGUAACCACAGGAACAUAAUUUUACACACCGCUAAAUGCAGUGGCAGGGUAUUCUAGAACCUAGCCAUUGUGAAAUCAACUGUAGCUGUAUUCGAAUUUGCCGCUACAAUUAGCAUUAGAAUUAGCCUUUCUCACACCACCAUUUUUUGGUGGCCUUUCAGCCGAAGUCUGUGAGAUGUUAAAGCCUAAAAAAAAUACCUAUGGUUCCGGUUCCCGACCAAACCCAUUUUUUCUGCCGACCCUAUUAUUUUUUGAACGCGAUUGACCGAUCAUAUCCAAGUGGAUCCAUUCUGGGGCCAUUGACAUGAUUUCAAGUAGGAAUGUUCGGUAUGAGAAUUUUCCAAUAUCAGUAUUCUUGGGUUUCAUAUGUGUCACAGAAGUGACGGGGGGUCAACCGUAAAACAAAACGCAGUUAUCAGAGUGAGUUGAUUGUUCGUUUUAUGUAUUAGCCUUGUGUUUGGUGGCAAAUACAUGGAAUUUCAGAUUAUUUUCUCACUCCAAUACAGCAUAAGCAUCAAUACAUUUGAGGUUGACCCCCGUCAGAUUCACUGUAUUUAAUGCCAUAGUGAAACCCAAGAAUACCGGAAAAAUGAUACCGAUAUAUACCAGUUUUUUCCUUUUAAAAUUAGAUAGAAAAAUUCCUUAGUGGAAAUUUGAAGGAAAUCUUGAUUUUGUUGGCAUUGUUUUUAACACAAAAUGUCUAAUUCAUUUUGCCAUAUGCAUGGUGUGUAAAUUUGAUAUGGUAUCCCGAAAAAUAUCCCGAUAUAUUGGAAAUUUCGGUAUAUCGGUAUGACUGAAAAACUCCUACUGAUCAACCGAUAUUGGUUUCAAUACCAAUAUUUUAGGUAUAUUGGUAUACCGAACAUUCCUUAUUUCAAAAUGAUCAAACUAGGGUGCCCUUAUUUGUCAUUGUGUCAUUCCAGAAAGAUCCACACUCUAUCUCCCCACAGAGGAAAUUUCUGCCAUCUGGAAGGGGAGGGAAAAAAUUUGUUUCUGAUAGUAGUAAGUGUAUUAGGACAUCUGAAGUGGGUCGGGGAGUCAACUCCCAAUUUCCGCCAUGGGGGAGGCAUGGAUUUUUUCUGGAAUGACCCAUUCUAUCAUAAUUGUGCUGUUAUUAUUAUAUUCAUGUGAAAUGAUAUUGUCCAUUCUUAUAUAACUCUCACACUAUGUUGUAGACAAUAAAAACAUAAAGUCCACCUAAUGUUUAAUUACCCAUAUCUGGGAACCUUAUCCCAUAGGCCUUAACUGGUUACUGGGUCUAACUGACACUAAGGAAAUUAUAGAAAUUUAAUUUAAUUUUCUGUAGUAUCUGAGUUUGCCAAAAAGACUGGGGAUUUUCAAAGUCUUUCUCUUGUUGAUCUGAAAGUUUUGGCACUAACAUAUCAACUACAUAAAGAGAAAUGUGGAACAGAUGGACUAAGAUCAGAGCCAACCAAACAGGUAGCCCCUUUGUCUCUAUAAAGUUUACAUCCCAAAAUAGAAUAAAAUUUGUAGGCUUUCUCCCAUGGGCCCAUAUUCACCAUUUUUUUGUGGUGCUGUGUUGCCAUAUCGGAGAAUCUAGCGAAUCUAAACAAUGUGAAAUGCAACUUUACAAAGAAUUAACCACUCCACACAACUACUGUACAGUGGUAAAGAAUCCAGUCAGGAGCGCUGAAAAAAUUGAUCCAACACUUUCAUACAGUGGUGGCUCUAGUUAAAUGCAGAACUGGCCGUUUUAAAUACUCUUUCAUUCUGCCAUGUGUGACCAACUACAGUAUAAUGAACAUUGAUAAUAUACAAUUUAAUUUAAAUAUACUGUACUGUACCUGAUAAAGUUCUCUUAGAGUUAGCUUAAAUUAAGUUUGCACUCUUGUUUUGUGUAAAUAUUUUACUACUUUUUAAACUACAUAAUAUAAUUCAGUGUAAAUUUUAACUUUUAACUUGAAAAAAUUGUAAACCAUAGCCAUAUGUAUUUCAACUUACAUCCACUGGUUGCAAAGUCUGUUUUCAAUAAAUUCAAAUUAAAAAGUUAUUUCACAGUGCAUUUAUAUACUGUACAGUACAUGCACACUCUCAGACUUAGGAAAGGUAGUAAUUACUCCAUUUUAGAUCUUAAAUGUUUUCAACAUUUUCAUCCAAUCCAUCCACAAAAGAUCUUUUGACAUUUCCAGGUAGAGGUGGUUGAUAAAAGUUUGCAAGGCAAUGUUCCUGGAUUUUAUGUGAAAAGCAAGGUACUGAAGGUGCAUCAAAGGUUUUGCAGUUUUAUUGCAAUUGUUCAACAGAUAUAUUUCUAUUAUUCUGUGUGUUUGCAGUAAUCCAUUGAACACCAACGCUCUCCCCUUGACAUUCAAGUAAAAUCGUCUGGCAUUCAGAGGGAGUAAAUAAUAGCGUAGGGUGAAACUCGAUGGAUUAACUAGGCAGAUUGUCUGAUUAACCCGCGAUUGAGCACCUGUGCAUUCCCCUUGGCAGCAGACCAAGUAGAAUAAUAAAAUAGGGCGCAUUAGGAUGCAAUUCAACUCAGUGAGUAGAAGCAGGAUUAAAGUGCAUGGUUAUUCCUCGGAAUAUUUUAACCAAAUUACAGCGUUUCUGACCUGAUGACAAUUUUCCUGACCAAAUACUAAAUUUUGCUGGGCAUGCAGAAACUGUUUUCAAACUGCUCUCUGCUCUAGACUGCCCACGAAUGUGUGCACAGAUAUUUGCACAUAUUAUAUAUCGAGAUAAAGCACAUAAUAAAACAAUGGACUACAGUAUACUGUAUUAUGAGAGCAAUAGUGAUGUAUUGUCCAAGUACUAGCAUUAUAGUAUCCAGUUAUUAUCCAGUGUCGGGUUCUCGUUUUUUCCCGACCAGUAUCUGGUAGACUAUCCAGUAUCCGGCACAUCCCCAACCAGGCAACAAUGUUAUGAAACCGAUAUAAUCACAUUAUCAAUGCUAUAUGUAGAAUGAACAUUCUUCACUUUACCACCAGUUUGUCUAAAUUAAAUAUCGUCUAGAGCAAUGAUGAGCAUGCUGAUGAUGAUGAGGUUAUCAAAGGAAAAUUAGAUACAAGUAGCGAGGAAAUAAGUCUAGCAGAAGAUAUAACAAACUGUUCAUUGAAUGAAAAAGACACUGAUUGCGGUGAAUGUAAUAGCAUGAAGGAAAAUACAGUUGACGGUCAACAGAAGGAUAUGGAAACAAAAAAUCAGAAUGAUGAUGUUGGUGAAGAAAAAGGGAAAAUCGAAGUUCAGGAAGAAAAGAAUGAACACGGUCUAGUUGGCGAUACUGCCAAUAAUAACGAUGAGAUAAAUCAAGAACAAUCACUUGAUAACGAUGAUGAUCAAGCUAUUGAUUGUAGUGAUCAAGAUAACAUUGAUGAUGAGGAUGUGUGUUACCAAGAUGAUGGUAACGAUGAUGGCGAUGUUGAUUACCAUGGCAACGGUGACGAUGACGAUAGUAGUGAUGAUGAUGAUGGUUGGAUAACACCGGGAAAUAUAAGUCAAAUAAAAGCAGAUUAUGGUAUUUCAGAGACACAGUCAAGACCUACAAAUAUCGCAGUUGGUUGUCUUACCACAGACUUUGCCAUGCAGGUAAUAGUGGAUUAGAUUUUUUCUUGUGACUCAGCCAACACAUUUUGGGUCCUGCAGCCACACAUUUUGGGUAAAACGAGCUCUUACUAAUAUUAGUUCUUGUGCAUACAUUCUCCAUCUUUUGACCAAUUGCUAACAUUUCAUUAGGGCGUUAACAUGUGUAUGUUACCUUAAGUAAUCAACGGGCAGUUUUUGCUAUGAAAACUAUCAAAAUUUAAAGAGUAUACUCUAACAGUAAGACGUUUUCUGUAUUAUUAUUGACCUUGAAUUUACAUUGCUUCAGUUGGUUGAAAUGUAAAUUUAGAUGUUCAAUAAAUAAAUUGAAAUUGCUCCUAGAAACACAGAGCCCUGAAAAAAGCCUUGAAGUAUUCGUCGAAGUAUUCUUUUUUCCCCUAUUAAAUAAACGCUAGUGUUUUCUGGAAUAUACUGAAACCUGAAAUUAAUUCUUUCAGCCUUUUUAAGUCCUUUUUAUGAUUAUUUUAUGCCUAACUAAAAUUUAAAGAGUACUCUAACAGUCAAUUGGGAUCUUAAUCCUGUUUCUUAUCCAUUUUAUUACUGUAAUGUGAUUUUGUGACAAAUCCUAUUAAACUAAAAUAAACUAAACCAAGACUACAGAAAGGGUUUGAACUCAUUACCUAACAAGCUACUGACAUCAACGAAUCUUGUUUUAGUUAGCCAUGAAAUGUUGAUGAUCUCAACAGGCAUAUAUUCCAUUCUUUCUUUAUUAGAAUGUUCUCAUUAAGAUGGGUUUGCAUGUUAUCUCAGUGGAGGGAAUGUUAAUUAAGGAGGCUCGAAGUUAUGUCCUCAAGUGUUACUCUUGUUUCAAGUAAGUUUUAUUAACACAUGCAUGCAGGUAGCAGAAACAACUUACAUGCUUUAGUUAGUUUCGUGAAUGCUGCAGGAUUACUGCACAUAGUGUCCCAAAAAUGCCCCCACAUUAUAUUUUUAUGGUAUUAAGGACUGUUCAAAAUAACCAACCGUCAACAUCGUUCCUAAAAUUUGGCAAAACGAGGCCGAACCCUGAAACAGUCGCACUACCGUAUAUCAAAUUUUUAAAUUUAUUGUUUUAAAGUUAUGUGCUAUUUGUGAUCUCCAUUUUUGCGGGACAGGCAGAUACAUUUUUUACAUGAACAAUACAUGUUCAUGAAGGAUACCGUAACAGGGAUAUUUUGCAGAAUAGGAAGUUUCCCCAAAAUCGAUUCCCCAAAUUUGAAAAUAUCUAAAUUCUGGGGGGGGAGCAUUUCCGCCCGAAAUGGAAUAUGAAUAUCAUUAAUAUUAAUAUUAAUAUUAAACUGGUACAUGGUAAGGCAUAUAUAACCUUAAGCAUAAAAAUGGGUAAUCACUCACAGUAGACGUGCAGUUGGUGAACCCAGACAUCAUUUCUAUCUCCCAUCACUUGGAAAUAGGUGAGCGUAAGAAAUGACGUCUGGGUUUGUGACCACAGGAGGGAGGAUCCCCCUCCCCCCCAAAUAAACUACCCAAGUCCCAAAACCUAAAAUACCCCUGCCGUAAUAUACAGUAUUUACAAGGGCAAGCUUUUGAAUGUGAAACUCUUUGAAGUUUACCGGCCUUGCCAACUCUGUAAUGAUGUAAAAACUUAAAGUAUGACAUGUAAUUUCUUAGAGUAACGACUCAGAUGCAACGAAUAUUUUGCCCUAAAUGUGGUAACCGUACGUUGGUCAAAGUGUCCGUCAGCGUCAACGAAGAAGGCAUCACACGUUACCACAUACCGAAGAGAAACAGACCAUUUAAUAUCAGAGGAAAGAAAGUAAGUUCACUUGCAUGUACUUUUUAUUCACUCACAUUGUAUAUUAAGACUUUCUAUAUUUUCUAAUACUUUGCAUGCUAAUGCACUGUGAUAAUAAAAUGCAAUUCAAUCAUUUCAGAACGAUUGCAAUAUCAGAGUAUUGACAAAAGUAUUCACAAUUAUGAAAAACCCGAGAAAACGAUGUUUGUACAAUUGAGAUAUAGCAAGAGGAACUUAAGGUUACAGAACACCUUUGAGUGUUAAUUUUGUCUAAAAUUUUUUUAUUGGUUUCCAUGAAAGCAUUAAAUUAGUUCUACUAUCUGACCAAGUUUGGACGAAAAAUGUUGAAAACUCGCAGAGUUAUUUAAUAAAAUACAUUUCGCUUGCAAUAAGAAAAACAUUGAAAAUCAUGUAAUAUUCAAAUUCAAUUUUCUCCCGAAGAAUUUUACGGCAAUUACUGAUUUUAAAACGAGUUGUGAUCCUGCUGGUUUUGACGAAUUUCUCUCAAAUUUUCACAGGCCAUAGCUAAAGACGUCAGUUUCAAAAUUGUGUUCGGCUCUGUUCUAAUUUUGGAUAUUUUAAUAAUAAGGAGCAAUUCACACAAACGAUUCAGAAAUAUAUUGCAGUCGUCAAAGAAAUCGCCAUAUCAGCGGAACGACGAAAUAAACAAAAAUUUCCGAACACAAUUUUUUUGAACAACUAUUUUACUGUAUAAAAAUGAUAUUUUCAUAAAUAUAUCUUAAAACCAGCAGGAACAUAACUCAAAAGCGUAAAGGUACCGCGACUUUAGAUUUUCCUGAAUAAUUCUUACAUUAUUUUAUUGUUUGUCAAUUUUACAACUUUAUCAUAUUUUGCAUGCACUGGCUAACAUUUGGUGAAAAUUUGAUGAAAAUCGGACUGAUUUUGAGCGCGCAGUAGCGAUUUUCCACAAAACGCCAAAAAGGGUGUCCUGUAACCUUAAUUCACAAUACUUGUUGUAACCAUUCACCACUUGAAAACAAAUUUAAACUUGCAUAUCAUGGCUGGAUUCUGGUAAGAGGUGCGUACAGGGUACCUUCCCUGAGAUCGUUAUGCACCUCUCCUGAGGUUUUCUACACGUCCCCUGAAAAGUCAUUCACCUCCUCUUGGGAAAGGUUAAAAGAUGGAUCAAAGUGAAAAAUUCACCAAAUGUUUUAUGUGUUGCUUAUAGGAUAAACACUUUGUAAGAAUUGAAACAGUGAUAUCCAUUCAUCUCUGUGUUAAGUACCCUUUUAAUGCAAUAUUUCGACAGAAACUUUUUUGCCGAGGCCAAAUAAAAAUAAUAGUUGGUUUCAGGUUUCACAGCCAUGUUUUAUAUGGGUAGGUAGGUCGGGAAAACAUUUUAUUUUAAAAAAAAUCUUUUAUCUCAAGUAUGCAAUAAAUAUAAGUUAAAACUCAUUAUAAACUCUUAGUUUUUAUUGUUUUUACAUCAGGUUUUCACCUGCAAACAUAUAAAACUUGACAUGCAAGGAAAGCAGCAACAACUAAAUAUUUAAUGCCAACCGAUGUUCAGUCUAAACGUUUAAAUGUCAAUAAAAUGCUUAUGGUCGGUUAUAUUUCUGACAGGUCGGUCGGAAACCUGAAACCAACUAUUAUUUUUAUUUGGCCCGACGAGGAUUUAUCAAAAUUGCAUCGACUGAGCCAUUCAUAUUGCAAUAAAAUGUACUUACUCUAAAUUUUCUAGCACCCGUUACCGUUGCCCAAAGGCGGAAGGCACAACAAGAAUCCGCUGUUAUUCGAGGAUCAACUCAUAACCCAGCGACGUCUUCCGAAAGCCAAAGAUAAAGUGAGCGUGCUUGACGAAGACUACGUCGCUCGUUCGUCGCCAUUUGCCGUCAACGAUACGACGAGCCGAGCAUUCAAUUUGGGAUUUCAUGUUCGCGGACAGAACAAACGUAAUCCGAACGAGGCAAGAAAGAAAACAAGACGAAAGAAAUAGGACACCACAAAGGGGAAGACGUUUGGUUGAUAUUGCUUGCAGGAUCAAACGAGGACGAGAGUGCACGAGAGUUGGCGGCUGUCUCGAGCUGUUAAUGAUUUCUGAAAGGAAAGAUGGCUUCACUUUUCUCAUAGGCCGAAUGACUGAAGUUCUUGCUCCUAAUAUAAUUAUAUAGAGCUCACUGCAUUAGGGAGAAAAAAAUAUGUGGAUUUCCGAUUUCCCGACCCUACCUCGCUUUUGGACGCCGAAAUCCCGACCAUGAACUUUUUUGUUGGAUCAUGCUUCUAAGUGUUUCCACUUAGAGGAAAACGUUUGUAGAAAAUGGAAAUUUGAGGCAAUAUUAGGGACGUUUAUCUUUGGAUGUGGAAGCACUGACUAAACAAACAUGGCGUCCGGUUGUUAGGAAAAUUAAAAAAAAAAUUAAAAAGGUUUAAAAAAAGUUAAAACCGAUCUACCCUAUCUAAGUUUUUACAAGGCGAAAUAGGAAACACACAUAUUUUUUUGGCCUAGAUUCUAGCUCGAUUCGUCGUAGAGAAUCGAGCUAGAGCCUACAUAUGACCUAAAACAUAGUUGGAACACUCAUCAAACCUCUAUCCUGUUAAUCUAGAGCUUGAAUUUUCCCACCGUAACAAUGCGUGACUACCAACUCUCAUCAACUCUGAUCCUCGUUUGACCGCGGGGCUUCAUUUUACAUACAACCUAACUCACAAUCCAAAGAAAAGUUACGUGUGCGUGGAUAUUCAAACAUUAGUGAUUGACCGAUUGUGGAACAAUCGGAAAUUACCGAUUAUUCAUGCCACAAUCUGCCCGAUACCGAGUUUAUAAUGACGUCAUAAUAUCAGUCGACCAAGUAAAGGUGACGCCAUCCAUGUCGAUUUUUUGACGAUAAUUUCCAACGUACUGUAACAUGUUACUGCAACCAAAGAUCGUUAAAACCGUUAAUAAAUGGCACGCUUCACGCAUUAAUUUAACAUAUUGCGUUAAAACGCAACGUGUAUCGGCGUAUUUGCUGUGUUGGUGUAUCAACGUGCAUGCAAUGCACAUAAUUUUUAAAGUGCGUAUUUUCUCAACAAUCGGUUUUAGACAAUCGGAUAUAGAUCAAUAGAUAAUCAAAUAUAGAUAAUUCUACCGAUUCCGAUUGUCUACCGGUAAGGCAAAAAUCGGCACGAUGCCGAUUAUCGGUCAAUCAUUAUCAAACAUGCGUCAUAACGAAUUUUUCUUGCAAAAAGAGGCUCGGAGCACCCUGCCCACAGAGUAAAUCGGCCAGACAAAAACCACUUGAAAAGAAAAUAUUUUUUUCGAGAUCUCCUGCCCUGCCCACAGAGUCACAGAGUAAAUCGGCCAGACAAGGACCACUUUUCCGUCGGACACGGUUUGGUAAUUUGGAUGAUUUGAUCCAUACAUAUACAUAUACAUAAAGAUUAGGUCUGCUGCCUCGCUCGCUCGCUACGGCAGCAAUCAACACGAGUGGAAAUUGGGAAAACGAGAAAUUGUG